UUAGCCUUAGUUGAGCACGUCGGUGGGGUGAUGCUGUGGUGGGGGCGGCGUGGUGGUGGUGGUGGUCUUCUCCUGGAAGAGGCGAGCAGAGAGUAGCAGCAGCAGCGGCGUCCAGAGCGCAGAUUGCGCCCCAGCUGCGUUCCGGGCUACACCUGAGGAAGGGGAGCCGAUAAGCACUGGCCGCCACUUCUGCUGCCGCUGCGCCUCCUCCUCCUCCUCCUCCGGUCUGCAACCCAGAGCCGGGCUGUUGGGCGUCCUCAUGUAGCGCCUGCCCCGGCAAGAGCUGAGGGAGGGCCUGCAGUACCGCCACGACCCGCCCCUUCCCUCGCUCCCGCCUUCCCUUGAGGUAUUGGGAGGGAAGGGGUGCACCACGUCGCUGGGAAGUCUCGCUGGAGGAGGCAGAGGACCAGAAAGCACAGCUUUUUUCCGGGGAGGGGAGAUUAUAGCUAGCCCCUUCCAGAGGCAGAAAGAGUUGCGGGGGGGACUUCCAUAGAAGGUUUGUUUAGCUUCUUACCUGAGCACCCUAGAGUGAGAGCUGAGGAUCACCUGUCUAGUUCCUUUCUGUGUCUCACAAGUGGAAGGGAGAGGACUUGCUGAUAAGGACUCUUCUCUGUUUCAUGUUUCGUCACCCAAACAGCAUAUUAGCUUUGAUCUCAUCAAGCGCCCACCUUCUCCAGGACGGCCAAGCAGAAGAGGAACAGAAGGGGUUUGCCAUGAGUCGUUACAGCUUCUCCAAUCUUCUGGACUGGAUGUACGGUGGGGUGGACCCAAGCUUUGAAGGCAACGGGGGUCCUGAGUGUGCUGCCUUCCUCCCCUGGCAACAGCGCCUGGUAGAGACCCUGAUCUUCUUAUGCGUGGGAGUUCUGGAGGUGGUGGUGUCCCUGAAGAAGAUCAGGCGAACCCAUUCCAAGGAGGUGGUGGACCUGCUUGCUCAGUCUCGGAAGAAAGAGGAGAGCAUAGGGAAGAACCUGUUGCUGGUGUUCUUCUGCCUCACUUUUGGAUUGGAAGUGGGAUUCAAGUUUGCUUCCAAGACAGUCAUCUACCUGCUGAAUCCCUGCCACGUAGUUACGAUGAUGCAGAUUUUUCUGCUUGCCUGCCCACCCUGUCAUCUUGCAAUGGUUGUCUUCAGGUUGCAGAUGCAUAUGCUUAAUGGGGCACUCUUGGCGUUGCUGUUUCCUGUGGUUAACACUCGAUUGCUACCUUUUGAAUUGGAGGUCUAUUACAUUCAGCAUGUCAUGUUGUACAUUGUUCCCAUCUAUCUACUGAAUAAAAGAGGUGUCUACACUCCUGAGCCAUCUUGGAAUUUCUGGUGGGCUUUAUUAUCCACUGGACUGAUGUUUAUCUACCACUUUAGCGUUUUACAAAUUCUGGGACUGGCCACACAAGUGAAUUUGAACAAUAUGCUGUGCCCUGCCAUCUCGGAUCCUUUCUAUGGCCCUUGGUAUAGACUUUGGGCCUCCGGCCACCAGACGAUCAUGACUUUGAUUCAUGGGAAACUCAUAAUUGGCAUCUACUACAGUGCUGUGCCUGUCUUUAGGUUCUGUGUGGAUUUGCUUCGACUCCCAGCUAAGAAAAUCUACUGAAGCUUCUUCUUGGAAGGAAGUGUUUUUUUUAUAGGAAGCAUAAAAGGACUGGUGGUUGUGCUGCAGAAAAAGGGGAAGAGGAAAAAGCACCAUGGAUUAAUGGUUCCUUUUGUUACAAAAUAAGGUGUUCCCUCCCAUUCCCAACUGACUACUGAUUUUUCACUGCCCAUAGCCAAUGGCAAAACUUGUGGCCUUAUCCACUGAGAGGGUGACAUUCAUUCCCUGCAGUUUCUAUCCUUUAGAAAACAGAAUAUUGCUACUUUGGAUUCAAGUGUUCCAGGGUCUCCCAAAUCUUGAUAUAUGGUGUCCUCGCUGCAUCCACUAGUUCUUAGUAGAUAAUCACACAGGGUGGUGAUUAGGGCUGGGCAAUGUAUUGAUACAUAGUUUGCAGACCACAUUGUGAGAACUAUUUCAGAAUAAUUGAGCUGGCAAUGUAUUGCAAAGCACAGACUUCACAACUCCAGAGGGCAGUAUAAUUGAGAGCCUUCUGGCAGCUGGGUGCCUGCCUUCCCUUUCCCCUCCAAUGGCUGAACACCCCACUCCCAGCCUCAGCACCUCCCCGUAACUGUAAUUGCAGUGUCUCUACACUGCAGAAAUCGUGGGUGGACUGCUUCUUCCUUCUCCCUUUGUCUAGGGAGGAGCGGAAGGAAUUUGCACACCAAACGUGAGGGCUUGCCUGCCUCCGAUAGGAGGAAUCUACAGUGCGCAUGGCACACUGCUCCUUCACCUGAUCUCCCUCGUGGCUGCUCCUUCGACUGAUCUUCACUCUCCCCAAACCUCCAUGUUUCAGACAUAGAUUGGAAUGUUGAAAACCAGAUAUCUACCAGUCCUAGUGGUGGUUCUUAAAUUUACCAGUAAAAUGCAGUUUAUCUUGUUCUGUGGACACUGAGCAUCUUGUAGUAUCCUAUUUCUGCCAAUUUCACUUGAUUCACUUAUCAUUAAUUGAUCACGGUGUUUGGCAUCCCCUGAUCUUCAAUACAAAUUAGCAAGGUUCUGUUCUGUUUAAGCUGGUUGAAACCAUGGGGAACAAUUAACAACCCACUAAAAGAAACAAGAAAUAAAGACUUUCCAAGCUACAGUGGAUUUCUGUCCCAGUGUGCUCAAAUCCAACCAUAUUGUAUUUGGUUCCAGCUCAUAGGUUGGUUUUCUGUACCGAUAAGUGAAAAACACGAAGAAGGGGGAAAGUAUGUAAUAAAUUUAGGGAAUGAAUUAUGGGGUGUUAUGCUCUUGAUGCAAGCAGUGCCUGCGUAGGAAUAAUUGUUCUACAAAGAGACACUGUCAGUUUGGGUUGGUUAGAAUUUUACCCUUCUGCAAACUGAAUCAUACAGUAUUUAAAAUUAAUGAUGGUGUUUACUUAAACACACCUGAUGGCGUUUAUGUUUAGCCUCACUUAACCACACCCAUGAAGAACUAGUUGGUUUGCCUGAGCAGAGGUGCAGAAAUUUUUUAGGAAGCAGGUGAUUGCUGGUGACAAGUAGAAUGGAUUUGUGUUACCUUUUCAGUGUUAGCCCAGAUUUGAAGAGAAAGGUGAAGAAUGCUCCUCUGUAACCUUCUGAAGAACUAUUCUGCUUAAUGGUCACACAGUGUCCUGUAGUGACAAUGUUUUAAGCAUUCUCUUUCUCCCUCACCCUCCCCAUUCUUCUGGUUGCAUUGCCUUAGUUGUGGAAUGCAAGAUACGACAACUGCCAUAUUUCCUCCAGGUAUAUUUCUCCAACGGGAUGCGUUCUGCAGUCACUGAUACCUCAAGGAGAGAGAAGUUGCCUUAACGGUCAACAUUGCAGCUCAUUUCAUUCAACCAAGGGAAGAUGGUGGGAUGGAGAUUCGUAGAGCUGUGGAACUGCAAAAGACACGACUGAGUAUUUUACUUCAGUUGACCAAAACUUGAAUAUUUAACUGCAAUUUGGCAUACAAAGAAGAGUAUCCUGGACUUUUGUCUUUGUAAACCUUUUUGUUUUGGGAAUCUUUGUAGUGUGUGAGGAAUUUUGUACAUGUUAUACUGUGAAUACUCUUUACUACCAUGAGUUUUAUCAAAGAUGCUCAUUGAUGAGUUCCUGUUUCACAGCCCUGCUUUUCAUAUGCCUAUUUUCUGCUUCUGGCAGAGCAUUGAAGGAGGGAGUCUUGCAUAAUAUUCAGUAAUCCUGUCCAGGGUUGCUCUUUGCAGUUGCUGUGGUGAAUCUUAAUGUCUAGGUUGUUUACUCUCCCAAAGUGGCAUAUUUAAACAAAGGCAUAAGACAGUGAAAUUCCUAGCAUAGCUGUAAUCCUUUAUCGUAGACAAGUAGACAGUAAUGUAGGAUUCAGCAGUAUAAAAUCUUGAAAAUUGUAAGCAAUUGUGCCUGACCUUUCUAUCUGUUAGAAUUACUUUGAGUAGGUUUCUUUCUUUGAUCGCAGUGAAGCCACCUAUCCCUUGGUGAUGACCCUUUUUGUACUUGUUUCCAGUUCCAUCAGUCCCUCCCUGGAGCAGAAAUAGUAGCUGUUGUUUUUUAGGUUUUGAGUGAAACUUCUGAAUUGACUGAGAGUGGGCAAAUCUUUCAACCCUGUGCCAUGUUGCUCAUCCACAAGGGGCCUAAUCCUUCAGCCUUACCUUUUCCCAGCCCCUUUCAACAAACAUGUUGGUGCUUCUUGAUCACCUUAGUCCAUGCUUCAGAUUCUCCCUGGAAGUGACUUGCCACUCUUAAAAAGUGCCAUGUUUUCUCCCAUUGCCCUCUUUCAAGUGUUCCACUUAGUUUUGCUUUCAGAGGAGAUAGCUGAGCAACUUCAAACUUGUCACUAAGGCUGACACGCCUCCUCUUCUGAGGUAAGCAAAACUGCAUUAAUGAUCAGUUUGACUGGGUUAAACACACACACACACACACACACACACACACACACACACACACACUACUAGUUUCGGUGAAAGCAUUACUGGUCUGGAUAAUCACCUGCCUGUUACUUGUGCCACAUACUUUCAUGACUGAUGAAUGGGAGGCUGCCUGCAUCAGUGUGUGGGGCACUUCAUGCAAGUAUGCCCUUCAGGGCUCUGGUGUGUGGCACUGUGGCAUAUUCCAGUCUGUAGUUGUGAAUGUUGGUGAGUUGGGCUGCAUUCUUGAAAUAAAAGGACUGCUGGUCAGUAUAGAACAAAAGUGUGUUUGGCUUCACUCCAGACAAAGAGCUGCCAAGUCUGCUCUUUGUAGUUGCAGAAGUUGGCCAGCUCAUUCAGUAAAGGGACCUUCACCUAAUAGAACUUGCUUUCUGAGUCAGUAUUCUACAACUUGGGUUUUCCUGAGUUUUACCUCCUGAAGCCAAAAAGACCCUUCUUAUAAACUUUUUUUGGUUGGGUGUUUCGGUUAAGUGACAGGACAAUCCCCUUCCCUGUUAAGAACUUCCAAAACCUGAUUGGUUCUAAAGUAAAAGCCUGAAAUUUCUAAUGACUAGUCCAGAGUUAUGCACUUACCUCUGUACCAUUGGGGAAGAUUCUACAGCAGGGGUGAGGAAACUGUCGCCCUCCAGAUGUUGCUGGACUACAACUCCCACAGUGCCUGCUCAUGCCCAUGCUGGUUGGGAUUGAUGGAAAUGGGAGCCCAAUAACAUCUGGAGGGCCAUAGGUUCUGCAUCCCUGCUCUUCACCCCCUCCAUAGGUAAAACCUAACCUACUUAAGAAUUGCAUCCUUUGCCAAGAGGGGCUUUUCAUUUCUGACAGGACAAUUUGUAACAGGUCACAGCUGGGGAGAAUUUCCACUUGGAGAGAUGUGUUUGUCCAGUGCUUGAGCUCCAGGUGAGUUGGGCCCCCUACCUACUUUGCCUUUAUAUGCUGUCCUGUUCAUUGAAGGUGGAUGUGUGAAUUGUUUUAAGGAGCCAGAGGCUGGAAUUUGUAAGUUUCAUUACAGGCCUCAUACCUCCCCCACCCCUAACUAAAGGACUGUCUUCAUUGCUUCUUUAGCUAGUUUUCAAGGCAUAGCGUUGCAAGGCAAAGUGUAGCUUUUGUUAGGAUAUGGUGCUUGAAUAAGUGGGGUGCCAAAGUCUAUUGCACCUUAGCAGUGCUUUAAAAAAAAAAAGAUAAAGGUGCUGGCACUAUGAAGUUGUUAACAGUAAGUGCCACACUUUUAACAUUUUUUGGGGGGGAGGUGCCAGUACUGAGGACCCUUGAGGACCCCUAGAAAAAAGCACUGCACCUUAGAAUGCCUGUGUUGUUGUGCAUUGUGGAUUUUUACUCAUCCACUUAGAUUAUAUGGCUGGAUCAGCAUGGACUUGGGUUUCAGUGCUUUCGUGUUUGGAGCUUCUUGUAUAAUCUUUCUGGCUGUAGAACUCCCUAGGGCUGCAGGGUAGCCUUCUGUUCAGCAGAAGGUGUCCUUUUGGAAAGCCAGAGAUGGAAGGCCUGGGAAGGGUGGCUGUGAUGUGCACUUUAACAUUAGAGAUCAGCCUUACUCAACCUGGUGCCCACCAGAUGGUUCGAACAACUCCCAUCUGCAGGGCACUUGGUUGAGGAAGACAAUUUUUAGAGUACCUCAGUGUAGCUGUGACUAUCUUUUCUGUGGCCUAUAUAUCAGAAUUUUGAUAUUUUUCUGUAUUGCUAAUUCAGUGUUUUGUAAAGGCCGUAUUCAUUACUCCUCUUUUAGAAUGAACUAUUUUGCUAUGUAUUAUGAACUUGAGUUUGUACGCCAGUAGUCUUUAUAGGGCAAAAUACCCUGAUUUCUUGUACAUUUGUGGUUGUGUUGUGUUGUGUGAUGGAGGUGAAGAUUAACCUACACAUGAUACAUUUCUGCAGCAGCUAUGAUUAAGUAUUUAUUUUUUAAGCAGGAACUGUGAUCCAUAAAUGAUUUAUUAGGUAUCUUUAGGAUAGCUAACCUAUCCUUGCUGUUUGGGCCACCAUCAAGAUCAGGGGAAUUCCUAUUCCUUUUUUGCCUCUUUAUAAAUAUGGGGAAAAUGAGUUUUUUAUGGCAACUAAUCUGAAGCUGCCAUUCUCUUGCAGUAGCAGGCAUCUCCAGCCAGUUAAUUUAAAAAAAACAGCCAUCUCAUUUUCUCCCUUUCUUGGCCAAACUGUAUUACUUUUGUUACUUUGAAUUUCUUUUCAGUGGUACCCGUUGGGCAGAGGCUUAUUCCAUCAUCAAAGCUGGCAGUGGGAUGUGUAUGUGUCUCCACUGACCUAUAACCCACCCUGAAGCUCUCCUCUCUUCCACUGAAUCCUAGGUGUCUUAUAGUAGGCUCAAUUUUAUAAACUACUACUUCCUUUUUAAAAAAAUGUAAUAAAAACCCAUUAGGUAACAUUUUCCAAAUACACACACAAAGUAGAUAUCGCGUACUUGAAUUUAUGGGAAUUUGUAUUUGUGUCUGAAAUGACUUUCUUUAUCUCUUAAUAAAAUAUUGUUCCUGGGGAA